ACGCGGUAAACACGCGCGAAACAGGAAGAAGAAGAAGAAAGAAGAGGAGAAGAGGAGAAGAAGAAGAAGAAGAACUGCUUGUUGCUUUCGCGAUGGACGUGGGAAAGAAACAAGCGCUGCAGUUGGUCUGCGCGCUGAUGUGCUCCGAAAGGCGGAAGAGGAAGAGGCCGAGGGUGUGGGUGAAGGAGUGGAGGGCCGCGCGUGGGCAGCAGGGACUGGGCGUGCUGCAGAGGGAGCUGGAGACGCACGACGGAGCGGGCUUCAGGGAGCUGCUGCGGAUGACGGCGGAGGAGUUCGACGUCCUGCUGGGGAAGGUGGAGCACCUCAUCACGAAGCAGAACACGAAGAUGCGACGAGCGUUGUCCCCGAGGGAGCGUCUGGCGCUGACCCUGCGCUUCUUGGCAACAGGUGAAACAUUCAAGUCCCUCAGGUCCCAGUACAGGAUCGGGACCAGCACCAUCUCAAAGAUCGUGAUGGAGACGUGUGCUGCUCUGCACCAGACCAUGAAGGACGACUUCCUGAAGACACCGUCCACGCGGGAGGAAUGGCAGACGGUAGCGCAGGACUUCGAAACAAAGUGGCAAUUCCCGCAUUGCCUCGGGGCGCUGGACGGAAAACGCAUCAACAUUCAACCACCGGGAAAAUCAAGCAGUGGACACCGUAACGGCAGGUUGUCGGUGAUCAUGACAGCCGCUGUGGAUGCCAAUUACAAGUUCAUUUACACAAGCGUGGGUGCCCAGGACGGGGUCCCGGACGCUGGACUGUUCGCUCACUCAGACCUGCGUAAAGCGAUGGACCGAGGCCUGCUGAACUUUCCUCCACCUGAGCCUUUGCCCAACUCGGACAUCGUUAUGCCCUACAUGUUUGUGGGCGAUGAGGCGUAUCCUUUAAGGUGUGACCUCAUGAAGCCUUACCCAGGCAAGCAGACAGACCAUGCUCAGAGGACACUAAACUACCGGCUCUGUAGGGCACGGAGAGCGGCGGAGAAUGCAUUUGGUGUUCUUGCCAACAGGCUAAGAGUUUUCAGGUCCACCAUAUGCCUGGAGCCGGACAAGGUGGUCAAGAUAACAAUGGCCUCUUUGUGCAUCCACAACUUCCUCCGUGAGCGCGGGUCUGAGGCGUAUGCACCUCCAGCCUUUGCAGACUGGGAGGGUGGUGACCACGUCCUGGUCGACGGAGCCUGGAGGGGUCAAGGGAUGGGUGCGUUACAGCCGGUGGAGCACGUAGGAGAGAGCAACGCUACAGAAACAGCAGAAGUGCAACGAAGCCUUCUGCGGGAUUAUUUAGCCUCGCCUGCAGGUAGCACUCCUUGGCAGGAGCACCACAUUUCUUAAGGAUGUCACAGUACGAAAACACAAGUGACUUUUCUAAUUCAUGUGUUUACACAUUUGUACUGCACUGCUGUGACUGUGUUUCGAAAUGUUCUUCACAAAUACACACUUGUAUUAUCAAUAUUGUGGUUCUGCUAUAAAGUAGUGAAGUAGUUCAGUUUUGUAUAUUUUAGAUACAUGGGUGUGAGACAUGUCAAGGACAAGCACUGAAAGAGCCAUUUGCUAAACAAAGGUCAUCCACGUCUGGCCCGUGCUCCCUUUGUUUUGGCCUGCCAUGGCAUUUGACAUGCGUAUUCUCUUCUCAUGUUAAGUCUUGUAAAAUCAUAAUCAUAAUGACUACGAAACGUACAUUUUGAAGUCAAAUUUCCACUCUUCAUUAGAAAGGUGGACAAUACAGCUGUUUCAAAUUAAUGUUCUAAAGCACUUUCAGUUGCAUGUCUUUCCUUUUAAAUAUGUUUAUGUUUCCAAAAAGAAGCAUAUGGAUCAUCACUGCAAAUUAAUAAAAUUACUGUACGGUA